UCAGUCCAUGGAGGUAUUUUCAGUCCAUGCUUUUCUAAAAAAGCAGUAUUCCGUCAAAAUCAACGUGUACUUAUUCAAACUGAUAACUCCAGCUUCAAUUUGAACUUUAUUUUUGGAUCUAAUUCAGAUCAUCUCGUGUUGUUUCACUGUUCUUUCUCUUUUGUUUGAUCGGUGAGUUAAGCUGGUUCUCUGCAGCUCGGUGAAACUCUAUGCUUGAAUUGUUUACUCCUGUUUGGUGGGGCUGCUUUGUAUGUGAAUGACAGAAUUUUCUAAAGGCUUCAAGAGAGUUUGAUGUUCGCUAUUGAAUUUUGUUACUUCUAGAUGGCGAUAGACUUAGGUUCUCUGAUGGAUAGAUCUUUAGCAAUCUACACGUCCGAUCAUAAAUCAGUGAUGUCAAUGAACUUGUUCGUUGCACUUCUUUGCGCAUGUAUUAUUAUCGGUCAUUUACUGGAGAAAACUCGCUGGAUGAACGAGUCAAUCACGGCUCUAGUUAUUGGUUUGGGUACCGGUGCUGUUAUUUUGCUGGCAACUGCACGAAGGAGUUCACAUAUCUUGGUGUUUAGUGAAGAUUUGUUCUUCAUUUAUCUUCUUCCACCUAUUAUAUUUAAUGCAGGGUUCCAGGUGAAGAAGAAGCAAUUUUUUCGCAACUUUAUGACCAUUAUGUUGUUUGGGGCAGUUGGCACUCUUAUAUCUUUUACAAUCAUAUCAUUAGGUGCUAUACACUUUUUCAAGAAAAUGAAUAUUGGGACCCUUGAAAUUGGAGAUUAUCUUGCAAUUGGAGCAAUAUUUGCUGCUACAGAUUCAGUUUGCACCUUGCAGGUUCUUAAUCAGGAUGAGACGCCUUUAUUGUACAGUCUGGUGUUCGGGGAAGGAGUGGUAAAUGAUGCCACAUCUGUAGUUCUUUUCAAAGCAAUCCAGAGUUUUGACCUCUCUCACAACAACUCAAGCAUAGCUUUGCAAUUUCUUGGAAAUUUUAUGUAUUUAUUUAUUGCAAGUACAAUGCUAGGGGUUUUGGUUGGAUUGCUUAGUGCAUACAUUAUCAAAAAACUGUAUAUUGGCAGGAACUCUACUGAUCGUGAAGUUGCUCUGAUGAUACUCAUGGCUUACCUUUCAUAUAUGCUGGCAGAACUACUCUACUUAAGUGGCAUUCUCACUGUAUUUUUCUGUGGGAUUGUUAUGUCACACUACACAUGGCAUAAUGUCACUGAACGUUCAAGAGUGACAACCAAGCAUGCUUUUGCCACUUUGUCAUUUGUUGCUGAGACCUUUAUCUUCCUUUACGUUGGCAUGGAUGCCUUGGACAUUGAGAAGUGGAGCGUUGUAAGUGAUAGCCCUGGAAAAUCAGUUGGGGUAAGUGCAAUACUGUUGGGACUGGUUAUUGUUGGAAGAGCAGCCUUUGUUUUCCCCUUGUCCUUCUUAUCCAACCUGACAAAGAAAUCUCCAUAUGAAAAACUUGACUUAAGGCAACAAGUUACCAUUUGGUGGGCUGGUCUGAUGCGUGGUGCUGUUUCUAUGGCACUAGCUUAUAAUCAGUUUACUAGUUUUGGUCAUACUAAGCUGCACGGGAAUGCGAUCAUGAUCACCAGUACAAUCACCGUUGUUCUUUUCAGCACAAUUGUGUUUGGGUUGUUGACUAAACCACUAGUGAGGAUUUUGCUUCCUCCCUCAGAAAGACUAUCCAGAAUGGUGUCUUCUGAGCCGUGUACUCCCAAAUCCUUCACUGUGCCACUUCUUGGGAACGGACACGACUCAGAAGCUAAUCACAGAAAUGAAAAUGUGUCACGUCCAAACAGCCUAAGAAUGCUGUUGACCGCCCCAUCUUACACUGUUCAUGACUGUUGGCGAAAAUUCGAUGACACUUUCAUGCGACCUGUGUUUGGUGGCCGAGGAUUUGUACCUGUAGUUCCUGGCGAACCACUUGAACAAAGUGUUGGCCAAUGGCAGUGAGAAGGGAAUUCAAAGCGACAAAGGUACUAAUUUAUGGUAACUUUUAGCGUCUGCCUGGGCUUAAGAGUGGCUUCGAGUGUGCCAUUUUGUAGAUGGCAAAAGGAUUUUUGGAAUUGGGGGUUUUGACAAUUUCGACUGGGACUAGCGGCAGUCUGCCUUUGAUUUUGAUUGUGGGGGUGAUUCUCAAAUUUUGUUGUCUAUAUUAGUUGCCUCAAGAUUGUGUUCACAUUAGCAAUAAAACUAUGUACAAUGAGUAUUAAUUUGAGUAUCAAUGAUGAUGUGUUAUCACGUGAUUAUGUAAUUUUGAAUUAAAAAUAAAAUAAUAUUUAGUCUCAUGAUGAUACAUUAUUAUUUAUAUUAAAAUUAAUAUUCAUUAUAAUUGUACAUAACAUUGCUCUUCAUGGCAACGCUGAGCAUUGUCACUAGUAAGAUUUCUACCUGAGUUCUGUAUUGAUUGUAAUCCAAUAUUAUAUGAAUUUUGAUUAUGAUA